AUGAUUCUUUAUACUUUAAUUUCCAAAGGAAAUCUAGUCUUGUCAGAAUACACAGAAUUGGAGGGGGAUUUUACUGAAAUGGCUCGUAUUGUACUCAAAAGUGUGAAGCCCAAUUAGUAAAAAUAAAUAUUUAGUAAAAAUGAAUAUGUCUUUUGCAUAACAUGCAUUUCCCAUCUUCGAUUUCUUUGUAUGAUCCAUAAUAGUUAAAACAAAGAAAAGGCAUUUGCCUUCCUUGAAGCCAUUCACCAAGAAUAUUCAAAUUGCUCCAAAAAUUCCGAUUUUAAUAAUGGCCAAUUCUCAGCUCAAAUCUGCCGUAUGAUGAAAGGCUUCAAUUAAUUGGACCAAAAAGACGCAUUGACUAACCUUGAAGAAACUGUUGAAGACCUAAACGAAUCAGCAUUUCAGAAUCUUCGUAAAAUGAUCGAAAGAGAAGUUAGACUUGACGUAUUAGUUAAAAAGACUGAAGAAUUGACAAAGAAUGCUGAUAUCAUCUUUAAAUAUAGUAGAAAUGUUCAUAGGGCAACAAGAGGUAGCGAAUUUAGACUCGGAGGAAAAGUCUUAAUUCUGUCUUUGGUAAUAUUUGCAAUUUUGAGCUUAUACAUCUAUUAUCAAAUUUGA